UGCGAGGAUCAAGUUAGUGGUCCGCAAACAUUAACCAAACAGAAGCACAAAGCAGGGGUGGGAAGGGGAGGAGCUGGAUGCCAGGGUCAGGAAAGAAACAAUCAGAAGGGUUUAGGAACAUCCAAAUCUCCUCAGCGGUUAAACUGACCCCAAACCACUUCUGGGAAACCACCGGUAUCUACUGCUUUGAGGAACUCUGGAUGCUCGUUAUGCCAAACGCUCUCAAAGUAAGCAAAUCCCCAACUGCCGUUCCCCUCCAUGGGUAAUUCUUAAGGUCUGGGAGGUGAGCUCGCCCACCGAGGCAGAACUACGCGAGUCGCCUGGAGAGGCGUGAAGGGAGCCUGCACGUGUCCCCCGCGGCUUCCCCACCUCCCCAAGAGUGGGGCAUGCGCGAGACCGCCGGUGUGGGGUUCAGAUUUAGGAAGGACGACCCCGUCGCCUGCCUCCCUCCCUCGCCCAGAGCCAGGAGCAAUGCUGGGGCAGGAGAGAGGACUUGGGAAGGAUCCGGACCUUACUUUCCCCGCGGGUCCCGGACCCGCAGCCCCCGGGUUGUGAAGCGGAAGCCAAAGGGGCGAAACCAGCGGAGCCGGCGUGCACGGACCCUGCCCCGCGGUCCAACAGGGGUGCCUCCGGCCCGGGACAGCGGGGCUCCCGGAGCCCGAAAGCCCCACGAGCGGCGACAGCAGGGCCCGGCGCUGACGAGCGGAGGAAGCGGGUACAACGGCGCCGCCGUCGGGACCAUGCCCCCGAGGGCCCCGGAGCGCGCGGCCGCGGGGGGCGGCAAGCGGCGAGGCCCCAAGCCGGGGCGAGAUGGCUGUCCCCCCAGCCUGGCCCCGCACGGCCCCCCGAGGAGGGUGGGAGUGGGAGGCUGUCCGGGAGGGGGAGUGUGGAAGGAGAAAAGGGCCAAGGGAAGGACUUACUUUCCCCGCGGGACCCGGCGCCAGGACAGCUCCUCCCGGGAGGUGCGAGUUUGAAGGACCAGAGGCGACUGGAGCGGAGGCGGCGGCGGCGGCGGCGGCAGCAGCAGCGUCCGGCUCUGCCUACCUCCCCGCCGCCAUCUUGACGCCCCUCCCCCAGCCCCCCCGCCCCGCCAGGAGGGGCGGGGGAGGGGCAACGGAUGAGGCGCCGUGCGCACGCAGCGCCCUCACGUGACUUCCUCCCUCCUCCCACCACCCGCCUCUGCGCCCCUCUCCGCCCCGCCUCCCUCCUAGGUGAAGGAAGAUAAUUCCCCCCCCAUCUUGACCACCCCCCAGUUUUCGCCGCCAAAAACGGACUCCGCCGGCUCUCCUUGGCCCGGUACCAGUUGUUGGAUCCAAGAGAAUUCCGGAACCCAAACGGCUCGCUCAAAGCACUUUAUUGGCAGUGAAACCGUAAGUAAUCCGGAGCCCUCGGCGCGUCCACGGCUAGAAUCAGAGCCUAAAGCGUGUGAGCUCGGCCAUCCCACGUCUGUCUGCAGGCUCACCCGCAAGCCCAACACACCGGGGCUCCCAGUUAAUGAAUACUGAAGAGUAGGGCUGUCCCUACCGCUUCUCACUUCCUUGUUUUCAUCUUUUCGUUAUUAUUAAGCGACCUAACACAAUAAACAUAUUACCUUGUUGGUAA